UCUUCAUAGCAGGAGUAAGUUUAGUGUGGAUUGAAGUUUUCAUCCUGUUCAACAAUGGCUGCUUUGUCUUCUGUGGGGUUUUUCACAAGCUCAAAAACAGCACUAUUUCAGUCUGAUGGAACUUUGAAAGCUGGGCUUGUGCGUUCCAUGCAUACCACCAAUCGGAAUACGCAAAAGUUGGGCUUGUCAUGGAUACAAACGCAGAGAAUCGAAGAAGGCAAAUUACUGAGGUCAAAUACAUCUGGUCUCUGCAAAUCUGGAAAAUACGGCACUGCUGUGAAUCUUCAAAUAGUGGCCUUCUCCGAUGAACAGGGAGUUCUGGUUAAAAAGUCAUGGAAAGCCAUGAAAAAGAAUGCAGGCGAACUAGGAUUUACUUUCUUUCUGAGAAUUUUUGAGAUAGCCCCAUCAGCAAAACGCCUGUUCUCUUUUCUACAAGAUUCUGAGGUCCCUCUGGAGAAAAACUUGAAGCUUAAAGCUCAUGCUCUCUCAGUCUUCACUAUGACAUGCGAAUCCGCUGUACAGCUUGCAGAGAGUGGAUCCAUCAAAGUGCCAGAAUCAACUCUGAAAGAAUUGGGUGCAGUCCAUUUCAAAUCUGGAGUAGUUGAUGAACAUUACGAUGUGACUAAAUAUGCUCUGCUGAGGACUAUAGAGGAGGCUGUGCCUGAUUUGUGGUCUCCACAGUUGAAAUCUGCAUGGGAAGAAGCCUACUCCCAACUAGUUCAAGCCAUAAAAAAUGAGAUGAAACCUGUAUAGUAAUCUGAAAUCUGCUGUUAACAGAUUGUCCCCCUGAAUAAAGAAUAGAAGAUGGAAAAAAUAAAUUCCUUGGAAAUGAUUAUUCUGUGAGAGUUC